GUUCUUAGUAGAUGCCGCCUGGCGACCGGCGACGUAGGUUACCAAAGCAGUUCACCAGACAAUAAAACGAAUGCCUAUUUAUUUUUCCUGCACCUUUCCGACAACUUCAUCACCACCAUUGACGACACAGUAUAAUACCGAACCGGCUGUGUAGUGUGUGGCUGUGUUGUCUAGGUGUCUGAUGUCUACCGGGGGUCAUGAUUCAGACUGGAGCAGAUCCUGCCGGACCAACCAAAGAAGCGUUGUCGGUGGUGAGUGAAGACCAGUCACUGUUCGAGUGUGCUUACGGAACUUCCCAGCAUCCCAAGACGGAGAUGACGGCGUCUUCGGCCAGCGAUUACGGCCAGGCAGCCAAGAUGAGCCCUCGGGUAAACCAGCAGGACUGGCUGCCCCAGCCCCCUGCUCGUGUCACCAUCAAGAUGGAGUGCAACAGUGGCCAGCUCAACGGAAACAGGACCUCUCCGGACAGCUGCGGAGGGGGGAAGGUGGUAAAGCUGGCCAGUGGAGGAGGUGGGGCAGAGAGCACAACCCCUGUGAGCUACGGCAGCUACAUGGAGGACAAACACAUUGCUCCUCCAAACAUGACCACCAACGAGCAUAGGGUCAUUGUUCCCGCAGACCCUACUCUGUGGUCCACGGAGCACGUGCGCCAGUGGCUUGAGUGGGCUGUGAAGGAGUACGGCCUGCUGGAUGUGGACACGGCUCUCUUUCACAACGUGGAUGGCAAGGAGCUCUGCAAGAUGAGCAAGGAGGACUUCCAGAGGCUUACGCUCAGCUACAACGCAGACAUCCUGCUAUCCCACCUGCACUACCUCAGAGAGACUCCACUUCCUCACUUGACUUCCGAUGAUGUUGACAAAGCCUUACAAAACUCGCCGCGGUUAAUGCAUGCUCGCAACACAGGAGGGGCGAGUUUCAUCUUCCCCAACGCUCCAGUUUAUCCCACUGACUCCCCCAGAGUGCCUGUCAGGGCAGACUUGUCAUACGAAGCAGCCAGAAGGUCUGGAUGGCCUCCACAAGCUGUGCCUUCUACCAAAGGUUCCCAGCCAUCCCCUGCCAUUGUGACCAAAACAGAGGAACAGAGGCCACAGCUUGAUCCCUAUCAGAUUCUGGGACCGACAAGUAGCAGGCUGGCUAACCCAGGCUCUGGUCAGAUCCAGCUGUGGCAGUUCCUGCUGGAGCUUCUGUCGGACAGCGCAAAUUCCAGCUGCAUCACCUGGGAGGGCACCAACGGGGAGUUCAAGAUGACCGACCCAGACGAGGUGGCGAGGCGCUGGGGCGAGCGCAAGAGCAAGCCCAACAUGAACUACGACAAGCUGAGCCGCGCGCUGCGCUACUACUACGACAAGAACAUCAUGACCAAGGUGCACGGCAAACGCUACGCAUACAAGUUCGACUUCCACGGCAUCGCCCAGGCUUUGCAGCCCCACCCCCCGGAAUCUUCCAUGUACAAGUACCCUUCUGACCUGUCCUACAUAAGCACCUACCACGCCCACCAGCAGAAGGUCAACUUUGUCACACCCCAUCCUCAGGCACUCCCAGUCUCCUCUUCCAGCUUCUUUGCCACCCCCAACCCUUACUGGAACUCCCCCACAGGUGGUAUCUACCCCAACACGAGGCACCCAGCGGCACACAUGCCCUCCCAUCUGGGAACCUACUAUUAGAUGUACCAGAGGGAGGUCAUUCAGGUGCCACAUUAAUGGUGAACCUGAAUAAAUAAACUGGAUGAAAACAAGGCAGAGAUGGGGCUUAAUCAGCCCUUAUCAAAGGGGAAAUGAUCAACAAAGAAGAAUUAUGGAAAGUAGGGUAAAUGCUGUAAUACUAGGACAUGAGCUGAAGAGGAAGACUAAGGUUUUUUAAAGGAAUAAGAGAAGGGAUGAGAGAAUGUAAAUAAAUAACGAUAUAAGUCGGUGAUCAAAAUCAGUGGUAUAGAAUGCUUAAACGAACAGAGGCAUUAUAGGAAGUAUGGGACGUAUGGGAAAGGAAGAUUAGUAAAGAUAAGUAGACAUAAAAAGUAGUUGUAAGUGGACAACAUUACAAAAUCAAGUUAUUUUAAAAUAGAGAUACAUAUAUAAAAACAUACAAUAGCUGCAUGAAUAGUUACUUUUACAUAUGUGUUUAAACUAUUAGACCACCUUAUUUAAAGAAGUAAACAUAUCAAAGACUGUAAUGAUAAAGGGAGAUGAGAGAAGGUGAGAAAAGGAUCAUAGUUUGUGAUACUUUGCGUGCACAGAUUGAUAAAGGACGGGUAGCUGUUGAAAAACUGUGAACAAAGCACGUACAGGAACCACCUUUGGUAAAUCAGUGCAAGAUGGGCAUGUUGCAUGACCAUGUUUUGGGCCAUGGCACUAUACAGUAUACAGUAUACACAGGUUUAAUCUCUAUGGUUGGGACUCACAGGACAAUAUGAGAUCAAAGGCGUGAGGGCAACGAGUACCUGAAUGACAGUGAAUAUCAGAAUGAAUGGCUGACUAGAGACACUUAAUAUGUGAAAAUAUUAUUAUUCCUUUAUAUAUAAACUGCCAUGUCUUAUCAGUAUUAUAAUGCAUACAGUAUGGCAUUCUUGGAUGUAAAGGGAAGCUAUAUUACUUGACUGUUAUUCUUAGAGUUUGCCUUGAAAACAUUCCAUCAGUGUUGUAUUUGGGAAAUUUGAAGACUAGAAAAAAACUGGAAUAUGCAGGAUUCGUAUGAAGUUGUGUAUGACCUCAACCCUUUUAGGGGGAAUUGAGAGUUUUUUUGACCAGUGCCUUACCACAGAAACUCUCAAUUCUGAAGAGAUUUUACAAAAAGUGCAAAUGUUUUAUUUUUUUUCCUGAGUCGCGAACGCUGUGCGUUUGUUAGAUUGAAGUAUUCAAGUCAGUGUUUUAUUUCUUUUUAUAUUAUAAAUAUAUAACUUAUGCAUUUAUACACUACGAGUUGAUCUCAGACAGCCAAAGAGACACAAUGUUUUUUUCUAGAAAUAGAGAUGAAAAAGCCAUUGAAAUGGACCAAAGUGGGCAAUAAGAAAUUCAAAAACAUUCUUGCCUUUCAGCAUUAAGCUUUGUAUACAGUUUACAUACAUAAACAAUAUAUACUUAUAUACAACUGAUUGUGUUGGCCAGGCAAGAUAUGGCAGAUCAGUUGGGUAGAACACCUUUAAGCUGACAAACCUUGUAAAAGCAUUUAAACCGGACUGAAAUACUGAGAUUUAUGAUGUAAAGGAAAUAUAAAAAUGAUAUACUUUGAUAGAUUUUUCUACUGUGUCAUUUCUAAUAAAGUAUUUUCAACCAA